CUCUCCCAUCUCCAUCUCCGACUGCGCCGCCACGACCAGGAGCCAUCUCCCAGCCUCGCUCACUCCGCCGUCCACCGCCGCCGCGCCGCUCCCCUUCGUCGGCCCUCACCAGAGCCGCCUCCGCCGGCCUCCACCAGACCACCGCCGCUCCCUCCGCUCCGCUCCGUGAGCCCGCCUUUGACCCGGCGGCGAGGACUGCUCCUCUCCUUCCCCGGACGGUUCCUCCCCGUCCCCCGACUCCACCCUCAGCUCUCUGGCUCUCUCAGGCGCCAGGCUAGUCAGCAGCCAGCGGCGAGGCACGGAGGCAAGCCGGCGGCAGCUCGCCGCUUUAGAUCUCCACUUCGCCCUCGCAGGCUGCGGCAGCAGCACCCACCCAAGGGCAUCAACAUUCUCUGUCAAUUGGAACUCGUUGCAGUGCUACUCCUUGUCGUCCUCUCCCCUUUACUCCUGGACUGCCGUGGAGUGAAGAUCCAUCUAGCUGGUUGCGGCGAGGGGUUCGCGGACUCUGACCCAGGCGUGCCAUCCGGGAUGGCCGGAAGUAGCCUCUGGGUAGUUCGAUUGGCUUCCCUUCUUGCAGUCGGAUUCGUGGUCGGCUCCGUCAAGGCCAGUCCGGGAGAUGCUCAUCCGCAGUACAGAACUUGUGUGAAGGAGUGUCAGAAUACAGGGAUUACUGGAAGUAACAUCAUCAGCCACUGUCAGUCCCGGGAUAACGACAGCACAUCUGCUGGAAGUUCUUGGUAUACACAUGAGCCCCUUUACUUGCAGUGGAAGCAACAGAACUGUAUGACAGACUGCCGCUACUACUGCAUGAUACAAAGAGAAGAGCGACGGCAAUUAGGUGGCCUGAGCCCUGUUAAAUAUCAUGGAAAAUGGCCCUUCAAACGUGUUUCUGUCUUCCAGGAGCCCCUUUCAGCUGCAUUGUCUGCUCUCAACCUAUUGACGCACUUCAUUGGCUGGCUUUCAUUCUUCCUCCAAGUGAAUUACAGAUUACCUCUUAGACCUCAGACGAAGAGGACAUACUACGAAUACACUGGCUUGUGGCAUAUCUAUGCAAUAUUAUCACUAAAUGCAUGGUUCUGGAGCACUAUAUUCCAUACUAGGGAUAUUGACUUGACCGAGAAAAUGGAUUACUCUUCAGCUGUGGCCCAACUUGGCUACUCUUUAAUCCUUACUUUGCUAAGAACUUUCAAUGUCAAGGAUGAGGCUGGCAGGGUGAUGUUUGCUGCACCUAUUCUAGCAUUCGUUACAACACACAUCUUGUAUCUUAACUUCUACGAACUUGACUACGGAUGGAACAUGAAAGUUUGUGUGGCAAUGGGUGUUGUUCACAUUGUCGCAUGGACAACCUGGGCCGUUGUGACCCAUCAUCCAUCACGAUUCAAGGUUUGGAUCGUCAUAUUCGGAGGAGCUCUAGCAGUGCUUCUUGAAGUGUAUGACUUUCCUCCGUACAAGGGGUAUGCUGAUGCACAUUCGCUGUGGCACGCGAGCACCAUUCCUCUCACCUAUCUUUGGUGGACCUUCGUUAGAGACGAUGCAGAAUUCCGCACCUCCACACUUGUUAAGAAGGCCAAGUAGUAGUAAAUUAAGGUCAGUAUGAAUGCUGUUAGCUUGUCCCUCUCUCGAGGUAACAUGGGCAGAGGACACACGUGCUGCCAUGCCAUGUGUCCCCAGAAGCUCGGUGUUCCCUGGAUCGAUCAGGACUUACCAUUCAUCUUUCAGCGAAACUCAGCAUCUUGUUUAUGCGGUAUCUUUGGUUCUUGACCUCCAGAUUUCUGUUUUGAUUGAUAUCAACAAUUGUUUUGUUCUGUAAUAGGAAAGGACAUAAUCUUUUUCGUGUC